CGAGAAGAAACAACCCAUCCGUUGCCGUCUUCCUCCUGCGAAAGGAAAGCAGAUAAGAGGAACCUCUCCCCCAUCUCCCCGCUGAGCGAAGCAACCGAGCAAAACCCUCCCCUUCCCCCCCUAGAACCUUCCGGGCGCAUCCACCAGCAUCCUCCUCCCAAUGGCCCCCUCCCUCCUCGCCGCCGCCGCCUCCGCCUCCGCCUCGCCCUUCCUCCUCCACGGCGCCGCCGGAAGCGCCAGCCGCAGGCCGGUCGCCCCCGGUCGCCGCGCCGCAUCCUCCGUGCGCGUGCACGCCGCCAUCAAGUGCGACCCUUCCAAGGUGGAGCCGCAGUCCGACCGGGUGCUCGUCCGUCUCGAGACUAUCCCAGAGAAAUCUGCUGGGGGAGUCCUGCUACCAAAAUCUGCUGUUAAAUUCGAGAGAUAUUUGAUGGGCGAGAUUUUAUCGGUCGGUGUUGAUGUUAGUGAAGUUGAAGCUGGAAAGAAGGUUCUCUUCUCUGACAUAAACGCUUACGAGGUGGACCUGGGAACAGAAGAGAAGCACUGCUUCUGCCGGGAGUCGGAUCUCUUGGCUGUCGUCGCAUGAGCCUACUCUUAAAUUCUAGUGUGGUGCACACAUGCUCCAAAUGCCUUAUCUCAGUUGCGCAAGCUUUUGCUAGCUUGAACUCUUUCUUUUGAUGAUCAUGGGUUGAGUGAUUGAUGAGUUUUAGAUACAGGUGCUUCAUUUGUUGCCAAAAGACCGGGGGCGCGGUGAUUUAGUUUUACUCAUACCCACGUGCAUUUUCCCUCUAGUAAUGGUACCCUGAAACCCUGACCUUAAUGCAAAACGAUAUUUGGAAUGUGAGACGAGAUGCGUUGCUGGUA